UGUGGGUUUCCUCCAAGGGUUGGUGGCGGCGAUCCGGUUUGCAGGCGCUAAGGUAACCGAAGAAGCCUAUCCUGUCCCUCUUCCAACCACCAUUUAGAUUCUAUUUCUUACGUUUCUGCGGUGCUGUCUCCUGGGAGCUGUAGUCCCACAGUUGUACGGUCCCGUGGGGUCUUUCCUACGCCUUUUAAAGAAUAAGUGGGCAGAGAUUGAGCAGUUUCCCUGCAGACUGGUUGCCCUAUUUCUCCUGUGGCCGUGGAGGCCGGGACAGAACCCGAGUUAGAAGACAAGGUCCUGAAGCUUCCCGCCUAGGAAAUCCCCCUUUCCUCUCAUUGUCACCAAUGUCAAACUGGGAAAGGAACUGAAGGCGGCUCCCGGCCUCGCCCGGGGUUCACUGACCCCGCCUUCCCGCGGCUACGCCCUGUGGCUCCUUAGACACGCCCUCCCGCGGUCGGGACUCCGGCUGUGAGCUGCUGCAAGCCAGUCGCGGAUUUUGUAGUGCAGCACCGACCCUUGCGUCGGAGAUGAGACCUCCGGAGGCUGCAUCCGAGUAUUCCCUAUCUCAAUGUCCCUUUGAGGUGGCAGAGGUUAAAAGAGAAUCCUGCGAAAGUAAUGGAUCCGCCCCGCCCCACCCUGCCCCACCCCCUAAGUGCCUGUAUUCAUCUAAAUGCCCAGAGCCUGUUUUCCCAGAUUCCUCCAAGCCCAGGUUCAGAACCUCGGUGUUAGGGCCUAAGGAACGCGCACCAGCGAUUGGCCCCAGCUACUUUCCCAAGGCAAGGCAUCUUUACAUCUGUGAUUAUCAUAAAAACUUAAUUCAGAGUGUUCGAAACAGAAGAAAGAGAAAAGGCAGUGAUGAUGAUGGUGGUGAUUCACCUGUUCAAGAUAUCGAUACCCCAGAGGUUGAUUUAUACCAAUUACAAGUAAAUACACUUAGGAGAUACAAGAGACACUUCAAGCUACCAACCAGACCAGGACUGAAUAAAGCACAACUUGUUGAGAUAGUUGGUUGCCACUUUAGGUCUAUUCCAGUGAAUGAAAAAGACACCUUAACUUAUUUCAUCUACUCAGUGAAGAAUGACAAGAGCAAAUCAGAUCUCAAGGUUGAUAGUGGUGUUCACUAGGGGUGCCGUAGAGACUGGUGCUUGGAUGUUAAGACUGUUGACUGGUUUUCACAUGUAGAAAUGUUCCUUGUGUAUUUUUUCUACAGAGGAUCUUCUCUGGUUUUAUUUUCUUUGUUUCUGACCCUAAUAAUUAGUUGGAAACUCAUGUACAAUGAGUUUCCUAGAUAAAGAAUAUUUUAAAUAAAGGUUAUUACUGUUA